UUCGCGCGAGUGAAAGCAAGUCGCUGUCAUCACCGUGCGGCUCAGUUCAUGUCUUAAAUCGCUAUCAUACGACCUACUCUCAAGAAGUCAACAGUUCAGUGCACUAACAGUUGCAAGCCAUCAAUGGAUUUACAGAUGAGCGAGCACAGACACUUGGAAUAACAGUCAUUUUUGGACAUGCACGGAGAUCCCACCAACUGGUGUUUUUGAAGAUUGACUUAUCCACCAAAGGUGCAAGAAAUAGCAUCAGCACUAAUUUAACCCUGGAACUACUAAACUACUGACUUGAAAACAACACACUUUACAGGUUGUGUCUGGUAUGGCCCGACCAGAGAUGGAAAGCAGGGUAGACGACCGCAACCCUGGUGCUCGACAGAGCUGCAGGAUGGAGGUGCUGCGUCAGGAUGCCUGGCCGAACGGCGGCAUCAUUCAGCCCUGCCACAGGCACCGUACCAUUGCUACUCAGACCGUCACUGUCUCUGCACCCCUACCCCACGUCCCCACACAAGAUGCCUUCAGCUCGGACAGCGUCCAGCAACAGGACAAUCCACUCAGGGACAAUACAGGUACAGAACAUCAGUUGAGAGACAGGCAGCUACCCCUGCCUGAUCUAUUAACUGACAACCAGAGCUCUUCAGAGGACUCGAUGUCCAGCAGCUCUUCUGGUGAAGACAAUCCCCGCCUGGAGGAGCGAGCGGUAGAAAGGGUGGCCAUACAGCUGAGGACCAUCGGAGACGAGAUGAACACGUUCUUUCUUCAGAGGAACGCUGCCCCACGCUGGCAAAACUGGAGGGGCUUGUACCGCGGGCUCAUCGCCUUCGUGGCCGACACCAUCAAUGCUCUGUACCAGCACGGGCUCAGAUAAACACGCGGGUUCAAGUCACAGGAUGAGUGCAGGCGCUCUCCUGCCGACCGCUUAUAAACUGUUUCUGCUCGGGGAUUUUUCUGCAGGAUCAGAUAUAAAUUUUCUUUUUUUGUUAAGUUUUGUUUGUUUGGGUAUAUUUUGAAUGUUGGUUUUCUAUCUUCUUUCAUGUUGAUGUAGCAUACAGAAGCGGACUGAAGUGUGUGUCCCGGUAUAGACGUCAGUAGGUGGUGUGUGUGCACCUGUCAAAUGUGAAGCACAUUAGGGUACUCGGCUUCCGUUCUUUUCUGUGCAUUUUGCAUCUUUGGUCGCAUUAAGCCGGGUCGCUCUCAAGCAAGGAGAUUGAUUAGAUCUGCGUAGCGCCUCAGGCCCAGAAGUGCUUUAUCUGUCAUGGGUUCUCAUCUCAGCUGCCUUAUAGGAGCAAUAAUUGCGCUGCACUAUCAGUCACCAGUGGCGCAGAGCACAUACCCUUAUGCCAUUAAUGGGAAACAAGUGAUAAUGAUCAAGACUAUCUUCUAGAUAAUGGAAUGCUUAGCGGAGUAACGCAUACACGCUAUGUUAAUGAAGCACAGCUGCAUCGUGCCUUUUUUGAGCCCUUCAAUUACUAAAGCCAUCAGGGACAAUCAGUGUGCAGGUGCCCUGUUGCCCCCCUACCUGAAUCUACACCUUGGGACACAAGUUUGCCACUUAAUGCCAACCUCCAAUGGAGGCAAUGGAACGAGGCUGGAAGCCUUGUGGGAAAGCCAGACCACUAGUUGUCGUAAUGGCUGGAUAGCAGUGUUAAUAUUUGGAUGUACAUAUUUUGUGAGAAAAGGACAAACGAUAGAAGGAACUGGGAGUUCUUUUUCUUAUGUGGUGUGUAUAUCUUGAUGAAAUGUUAUGACUUAAAAGUACUUAAUUUUUAAGUUCCUGUUUUCUGUUUCAGAGCGGUAAGAGCAGUUUGUUGUGUUCUUACAUUAUUUACAGACCAACACUGGAAAGCAAUUAAUUUUUUACCUACUUGAGAAUUUGUUUAGAUUUGAUCGUCUAAAGUCCUGGAAUCAUCUGUGAAAGUCCCCGUUAAAUGUAUUUGCUGACAUUCUCAAAGUUGAGAAGCACAGUCUAAAUUAUUUUGUAUGUCAAUUCGGUUAUUUUGAUAAAAAUACUUUUGGAUUAGGUGAACUAAACAAGCAUGGUGAUAUUUAUUAGUGUUGCGUUCUAUGGACCAAAUAACUUAUUUGUCAGCGUUUCCCACAAGACACUUAAGUUUUCUGCUGUAAUUUAUUUGUCUACAAAUGAGAUUAAUGUAAAAUAGUAAAUAAUAAUAACAAUAACCUGAGCCAAACUUCCAUCAUACUUGAACAGAUCAUGUUAAUCGGUGCGAGGGCCUUCCGUUGUUUGCAGAUACCGUUUUGUUCAAGGGGCCUUUAACUGGACAGCCUUUCCUGACACUGUUGUGUGUUUCAAGCACUUCCCUUAAAACCACUUUUGAAAAAACUGCAGUCAAUUUGUAGGAAAGUUCAUCUAAACACUCAUUUGGGUUAUCAUUGUGGGUACAGAAUUUUCAUGGCAUUUUGUGGACAAGAGAUACCGCUCUCAUGACUUCCUGUGUAAAUCAGUUGUGUGGUCCACUUCCUGUGGCCGCCUUGUGACUGUAUUCUCUAAAACAGCCUGUCACUGAAGUAAAAGCCUUAUGUAUACUGUCAGAUUCACACUACUCUCAAGCUCAUGUCAGACUUGUUUUUUGUACUUUUGCCAUAUGGAUUUUUCUAUGUAAAAUUUCUAAAUGAAUUUUGUAUUGUUUUUUCCUUACCAUUUUCAAUAAAUAUGAGAAUUACAUGCGUUGUUUGAUGCCUGUUGAUUUUUUUCACGGUUAUCUUACUAAACUGUAACGGAUGUUCAAAAGUCUUAUCAAACCAAAGUGAUCCCAUCGCCAAUACAUUAGAUAAACAACAGAAAGAACCGUUUCUCGUACACGUUUCGUCAGAUAUGAACAGAUAUAUUUACACAAUGUUGGAUAGUGCACGUCACGAACGUGAACAAGGACACCGUACUGCUUAUCAGAACAACAUGUGAUAGAUUGGGAUUUCUCUGUGUGCCCAGAACGGUUACCAUGCAGGCCCAUUCAGAGCCUCCGUAAGGGUUGUUGAUCAUUUAAGAGCUUUUCUUUAUCCCAUCUGUUAUGUCCUAAUUUAUUUGGUUAUUUGGGGAGUGUUUAUUUUCUAGAGCUUGUACUGCCCCCUUGAGAUUGGUUUAUGUUUUUGUGUUGGUGCGUAUGUUUCUCUUUUCUUUUACCCCUGUUUUACAGAUGGGCGUGUCAACGCGUUCCCAGAUGAUUCGUUGCCAACGACCAUUGGUCCGUUCUCUCUCGGCAUGACAUCAAAAAAGGAGGAGUCCCACCACUCAUCAUGGCGUCGCAUUGCCAGCCGGCUAAUUUGGAUAGCUCUCACUAAAUCCUUGGUGUUUCGAGUCUGACGUCAUCACGCAACAGCGUUUUUUUGGCGAUUUUAACAAUCAUAGGUAGUUUAGAUGGUUAGAGUAAGGUUAGGGUAAAGGUUUCGUAAGACUUGAAACGCCAAGGAUUUAGUCAAAACCAACAAGCCACGCCCACGGAUCUGACUCGAAACACCAAGGAUUUAGUGAGAGCCCUAAUUUUUGAUAUCGUUUUGUUACCCGUUUGUCAAAUGUGAGGUGCGACUAUUUGAAUUUGUGGGACAUUAGACAAGAUACUUUGUUUGCUAAGGUUGAUGCUUUGUUUUGCCAAUUUGUUAAUUAUCAGAGUUAUUCUCUUAAGUGAUCUUUACCUUAUAAAUUGUUGUUAACCACUUUAUUAGAGGGAGUAGGGGGUUAGACGCCAUUUCUUUUGCUGUGCAUCUUUUUACCUUGUUUUUGUUUAGGGAGUUAGGUAAGUUCUGUUGUCUUUAAGUUUUAUGUUUUCAUUUUAGGGAAUAUCAGUUUUACAAAAAUACAUUUUUGUUUAUUGUUUUGGCCUGGUCUGCCCCCGAAGAUUCACCCUCAUAUGUAAUAAACCU